CCGGAAACCGCUUAUCUACUUCCGUUUCUGUUUUGUCGGGAAAUCCAGAAAAGACUGCGAAAAGAUCACCGCAAUCAAGAAAAAUAAAGUUCUGCAUUCGAAACUCGUGCUGAAAAGAGUUUCAGGAGAGGAGGAACAUCAUGUGGAAUGGUUCAAGAUCUGGACCGCGAGGAGGGAUGCCUUUUCGUGGGGAACCUCGUGGAGGCAUGUUUGAUGGCAGAGAUGGCCCCAGACCUGACUUUAGAGGUCGAGAUGGGAUGAACAUGGACAGACCACCAAUGGACAUGAGGCGCUUUGACUGCCCACCGGACAUGAGGGGACGAGACAUGGGUCUGCUUGACCGAGGCAGAGAGCCACCUCGGGACUUCUUCAGGCCUGGAGAUGAAAUGGACAUGAGUUUUAGAAGACGCUUUGAAAUGGAUCAGAGAAACAAUCUUCAAAAUUCUCCGGCAUUUAUGGGGCAGUCUAGGUCACCCAUGGAUAUGGGCAACAGAGAUAUGAGAGGCCAUAAUGAUGGAUUCAUGAAUAUGAGGGAGAGAGAGAGGUUUCAAAUGGAUGGACCAGGACCUGGACUUCCUCCAAUGGAAAUUAGGAGAAGGCUCGCCAUGGGGGCUGGGGGUGGAAAUGGGGAUUUUGGAGACUUCGGAGACAGGGAUAGGUCACGGAUGGGUGACAUAGAUGGAUUCAACAUGGAUAUGCCUCCCAGAGAUAGACCACUUAUAGACUUUGAUAGGCGGGGAGCUGCUCCUUCAUUUAAUCCAAGGGGAAGGUUUGAAUCUGAUAUGGAUAUGAGAAACCGUAUGGGAUCGUCUGGUGAUUUUAGGGAUCAGCCACCUCAAAUCUUUGGAGAGAAUGACGGCCUCCCAAUGGAUAUCAGCGGAAGAUCUGAUAUGCCCUUAGUUCGUGGGGGUCCAGAAUCCAUGAUAAGAGGUGAAGAUCUAAACGUAAGGGAUAGGGAAUUCCCAGAGCUGAUGGGAGAUCCCAUAGGCUUCCGAAGGAGAGAAAGCGAUUCACCGUCCGAAGAGUGGCGGCAGCAUGGAAUGAGAGAGCGAGACUCUCUUCCAGGAAUAAGCAGAAUUCCGGCCAUUCCUCAAAGAGACCUGCAAGAGAGGGUUUGGCCCAACCAUGGAAAAGAUAGAGAACGUUCUCCAUUCAAAGAUAGAGACAGGCAGUCUGGGUUUAUGGGAAAAGACAACAGUUUUGCACGGUCAGAAAGAGACUCCAAAUCCCAAAACUGGGACAAAAAUGUUCCUGGUGAUUUCACAGACAGAGCUCCAACUCAGGCAAGCCAGAAGCCGCCACUUCUUCCACUGGAUCCUGUUUUAAAUCCCAAAAACAGAGAAGUUGAUGAACACUGGCAAAGUGACAGAGAUAAACAUGAAAGAAAUCCUCCAUCAGGGGUACGACCUUCAUUCUUUCAAGACAAGAAUGCACCCAAUCAAAAGCCCCAUUUUGGAAGCGAUCGAGGGACUUUUAAGGGAUCCAGUGAUGUGGCUGCAGAUCAGGGACCACAGAGGGAGAGUUUGAUAUCAGGUCCAAAAGAAUCUCAGAAUAGCAGAGCGGAACAGCUUGAUCAGGAUUAUAGGGACAUUGAUUACCGGACCAGCUCAGGAAGAAAAUAUGACUACAGUCUCGAGGAUCUUCACGUGCCCAAAAAAGAUGAAAUGAAAUCCAAACUGGACCCACCUCAAAGACAAGAUGACUCAGGUUCCCAGGACCAGGAUUACAGAAGCGCUGGUGUUCAGGAUAAAGUCUCAAAAACAAUUGCUAUCUCUGGAAUUCCCAAAACUGCCACAAUGCAGCAGAUUCUUAAUGCUUUUGCAGUCCGUGAUGGAGUGCCAAUGCAGGGCAUGAAAAUAAGGAAUGUUGUGCCAGGUUACAGCUUCGAUACGGCCUAUGUGGAGUUUUUAAACCUCGAGGAUGCUGUCCACUUCAUGGAGUCCAACCAGGGAUCCGUAAAGGUUGGUGACAAGACUGCGCUGCUCAAAUAUAUACAGCCAGACAAAAAUGCAAAAGAGCAGCACCAAGAACCACCCACUACAUCAGCCCCAGCCAUUCAGGAUGUUAUGUUACCAAAUCCCAUCCUGUCAACGCCACUGAAUGUGACGGAGGAAACCCCUGUCAAGCACGUUCAGGACCCCGUUUCUCAAAGCGUGUGGAAGAGAAACUCUAAUCUGACCCCUGAAGCAUGGCAACAGCAAGUGGACCAACAGCUACAAAAGGAGCCGGAGCAACAAGCUGAGGACUGGCCCAGUCAGAGAGCAUCACAUCGUCCAAACUCUUCAAUCUUCAAGGAGAGCAAGACGAUGAUCAUUAAAAACAUACUGCCCACAACCACCGUGGAGACUAUUUUGAAAGCACUCGAUCAGUAUGCUUAUCUGGAUGAGCGUAACGUCCGUCUGGUUAAAGGGAAGUUAUCUGGAUCAAAAUGCUUCUGCUUUGUCGAUAUGGACUCUCAUGAGCAUGUGACUCGCUUGGUAGAGCUGCUCACAAAACCCCGGCCUAUCAAGAUCGAUGAUGUCAGAGUAUACGCUGAAGUAGCCAAGCCUUUGAUGAACCAGAACUAUAAGAGGGAUGGUGAAAAAACCAAACCGUCUCUACUGGGUUUACCUCCAGAUGUUGUGAUGCAACAGCAAUAUCAACAGCAACCAUAUUUUCCUCAGCCGUCCCAUACAUCUGUGGGUAUUGCACCUGCCAUGCCAGGUGAUCCAAUAGGAAUGGACAGCGUCUUAUCUUCGGCUGCAAUGCAGAGCUCAAGCGUAACGCAGGGCAUGAUGUUUUCGGAGGCAACAGCAGUUGGGCAGCCUGUCCAGAAAGGAGAGCACCGGACUGCAGCUAUACCUGACCCUGCUCUCCCCGGAGCUGUUGACGCCUCUGAUGCUUUUAUCUAUGGAUCUGAUGAUCCAGAUUUGUCUGCUUUCCUUUAUGAUGCCACAUCUGGUUUCUAUUAUGACCCUCAAACUACUUUGUACUAUGACCCCAACUCAAGGUAUUUCUACAAUGCUCAGAAUCAGCAGUAUCUGUACUGGGACAGCACCUCUAAGACCUACGUACCGGUCGAAAGCGCUGAUGUUCAAGAGCAAUUCCCUAACACUAGUGUUCCCGUGGCAACUGGUGGUGAAGUAAUGGCCACACCCAUCACAGAGGAAGUUAACAUUGCUAUUGAGGCUGGGCCAGACCGGAUAGAGGAGGAUGCUGCCCCACGUGCGGACAAGAAAGAGAAGGAAAAGGAGGAGAAACCAAAAAGUAUAGCAGCAUUUAAGAUAAUGAAGGACAUGGAGCGCUGGGCAAAGAUCCAGAACAGACAAAAGGAUGUUGUCCGAUCGCCUUCUCCGGUUCUCAAGGGAGGCGAUGACCAAAGGCCUUCCAAGGCUGCUGAUGCAGCGUUUGCCAUCUUCGAAAGAAAGGUCGCUGGUGGAGAGGACUUAUUCAAGAAACCUCUCGCCCCUCCAAAGAAAGAGGAAAAGUCAUCAAAGCGGCCCAUGGGCUCUCUCGGAAUGUUGGCGGCCGACUACGGGGCGGGCAGCGACGAUGAGGACGAGGAGAAACACGAGAAGCAGGAAGCACCGCAACCCUCCAAGAACCAGCCGCAGACGGAGGAGAAGGAGGACAGGUUGACCGACUGGAAGAAAAUGGCAUGUCUUCUGUGCAGACGCCAGUUCCCAAAUAAAGACUCUCUGAUCCGACACCAGCAGCUCUCGGAUCUGCACAAGCAAAAUAUGGAAAUUCAUCUCAAAAUCAAAAGGUCAAAGAGAGAGCUUGAGGCUUUAGAAAACCAGGAAAAACAGAUAAAAUCGAAAGAACCUAGCAGUUCACCUGAACCAAAAAGAAAAAAAUCAACACACUACUGGGCUAACAAUGCACGCAGGGGCAAAGGCCGGGGCGGUUAUAAAGGCAGUGAAAGGCCAGGUUUAGGUCUAGAAACUACUGAGCGGAAGAAUAAAGAACCUGUCGUCUGGAAUCACGCAACAUACAAGCAGGCGGUUAGGAAGGCCAUGUUUGCACGUUUCAAUGAGCUGGACUAACCGUAAUAUUGUGAAAUGAAGAAAUGCGUAAAUACAAAAACUGCUGGCAGCUCAUUCCAGGCAUCCCUCUGUGAACUGACAUGAAUUCCUGUGAUUUCCUGUAACUUUUCAUUUUGUGAAUUUGGUGACAUGCCUAUUGUAAAUUUCAUUUACUUUGUCCUAGCAGCCAAACAUGCUUUAUGUUGAGUCAUCAUUUUGUAGCUCUAUUCUUCAGGGCUUUUUAACUAUUUCCCAAUUUGACGAUUGUUUUUUUAUUGUAGUAAAUUUGUAUGGUUUCAUUUAAGGACUUUAAAUACAAAAACAUUACUGUAGUCAGUCAAUAAACGUCUCAUUGUGGCUGUCAA